AUGACGUUUCAGAUUCCCGAAAAGAAGGUCUGCAAGCUUAAGCGGCUUUUGAAUUCCGCCAUUCAAAACAAGUCAUCGUCCUAUCGUGAAUUAGCCAGGAUCGCCGGUUCCAUUAUUUCGGUUGCGUUAGCGGUCGGACCUAUUUCCCGUCUUCUGACUAGGCAGAUGUACUUAGCUAUAGAGUCUAGGUCGGCUUGGGAUCACCUUUUUCUUUUCCCACCCGCUCUUCUAGAGGAAUUGAAGUUUUGGUUUUGUAACAUUGAAUCUUUUAAUGGUUACUCCAUUCGGCCUCCCCUGAUUCAUCCACUGUGGUAUUUUCUGACGCGAGCGACGCAGCUUUCGGAGGAUUUUCCGCCUCCCUGGACGGCACUGUGGCCAGCGGUAUGUUUACGACGGACGAUUUGGGUCAAAGUUCCACUUUUCGCGAACUGAAAGCUAUUUAUUAUGUCUUGCUUUCUUUUGUUGAGCACCUCAAGCACAAGAGGGUUAAGAUUUUUACCGACAAUCAGAGUGCAGCCAGGAUAGUUUCCGUUGGUAGCUCUAAGGUCCAUCUUCAGUCGCUGGCUCUAAGCAUUUUUUUCGUUUUUGUUUUUCACACGGUAUUGCUUUGGAAGCUCAGUGGAUUCAAGGUCACUCAACGAGAGGGCUGAUCUUUUGAGCCGGUUCGCUGACAAGGAUGAUUGGCGUCUUAAUCCGUCCGUGUUUCGACUUGUAGAUGCCAAAUGGGGUCCCCCACACCAUAGACCGCUUCGCUUCCUAUUAUAACGCUCAGCUUCCGCGUUUUAACUCUAAGUAUGCUUCACCUGGUUGCAGCGGUGUUGAUGCCCUGGUACAGGAUUGGAGUGGAGAGAAUAACUGGGUUUGCCCUCCGGUGGGUCUCGUCGUGGAGGCCGUUCGAGUUCUCACUGCUUGUUCCGGUCGCGGGUCCUUGAUUAUUCCUGAAUGGCCGUCGGCCUAUUUUUGGCCUCUCUUACAUGAUGGGCCCUCACGGUUUCAGUCAUUCGUCAGGGAGGUUUUUGUGCUUCCCGCCAUAAAGGAUCUUAUUUUGGAAGGCCCAGGUCAGAGGCAGAUCUAUAAGUCUCACCCGUCCGUUUUUCACGGUUGCCCAAAAUUCAGAAUGUUGGCUUUGCGCGUGGAUUUUGGGUGAGUUUUUCGUACUGUCACGGAUAGUGUUUUGAGCCUGAUUUGGCAUAUUUUGAGCCUGAUUUGGCGUAUUUUGAGCCUGAAUUGGCAUAGUUUGAGCCUGAUUUGGCAUAGUUUGAGCCUGACUUGGCAUAGUUUGAGCCUUAUUUGGCGUGCUUUGAGUCAAUGUGGUCUCGACACGUGUGUUUUGUGCCUACAUCGGUAUUUUUUGCUGGAAUUGGUCAUUAGCGCAGUAAUUGUUUGAUUUUCACGAUAUUUUCUUUUCUUUCAGAUGUUCUGAGUUCCGGGAUUUGGCUUGAAGCAGCCUCAUUGUCCGAUUCCUCUUUGAGUGACAUGGUUCCAGGCCUUAUUAAUCUGCAAUUAGAUGCUAAGGCUCCGUCCACGGUGCUGAAGUACAAGUCUGGCUGGUUGAGGUGGCGCGAGUGGGCUCUGUCGAAGAUUGGUGUUCCCGUUAUUCCAGCAAAACCUUUGCAUAUCGCAUUGUUUAUCUCCGAGCUAGCUAAGCGUUCUUCCGAGAAUAACAUCGGUGUAUCUUCUAUAGAAUCUGCCGUUUAUGCUAUUAAGUGGGGCCACGCAAUGGCCGGUUUUGAGGCUUGUCCUGUUAGCCAUCCCUUAGUAAAGUUUGCGUUAGAAGGCGCCAAAAAAGAAGGCUUGCCCGACCUGUUCAGCCUAAGGAGCCGCUGUCGGUUAGCACCGUACAGGCGAUUGCUACGCAUUUUGCCUCAAGCGCUUCACUUUCCGAUCUUCGUUUUUUAUUUAUUCUUUUAGUUGGUUUUGCAGCUUUUUUUUUCGCAUUGACGAGAUUAGGAAUAUAGCACUUCGUGAUGUCUCAAUACAUAGUGAUCAUAUGUCAGUUUAUUUACCUCAGCGCAAAAACGAUCAGUAUAGGGAAGGCCACACUGCUUUUCUCGCUAGAACCGGCAAGGUUACUUGUCCUGUAGCCGUGACCGAGCGGUUGAUUAAGCUUUUGCCACAGUCUUCCUCUGCGUUGCCUUUAGUUCGCAGAAUUGUCAAAGCCAAGUCUAAGGAGUAUUUUCAUUGUAGUUUGGGUGUUUCUGUUUCCACUUUAAGGGAGGAAUUUAAGAAGCAUAUCAGACCAUUUGUUAGUGAUAUUUCUAAGUACGGCACACAUAGUAUGAAGUCUGGCGCGGCUUCAAAUCCGGCUUGUAGGAAAAUAGCUGGCGACUUGUUAGAUAUUCAUGCUGGUUGGAGGUGUGAAUCCACUAAGCACAGAUAUAUUAAGCAUGAUCUUAGCGAGCGUUUAGCCGUAUCUAAGGAACUUUCCAUUUAG